AUGCGCCGGUACCUCCAGAAGCACGUUCGGCGCCCGUCGCUGGCCUCGUGGUCGCGUCCGUUCUCGGCGGCGGCGCCAACCGAGGGACUCCCGUCGUCCGCAGACGUCGUCGUCAUUGGCGGCGGCUCCAUCGGCGCGUCCACCUUGUACCACUUGAGCCAAAUGGGCGUCGACGCCGUGCUCGUCGAGAAGGACCAGCUCACGGCCGGCACGACGUGGCACAGCGCCGGUCUCCUUUGGCGGCUCCGGCCCAGCGACAUUGACAUUCAGCUCAUCAACCACACGCGGCAUUUGGCCAAGACGCUCGAGGCCGAGACUGGCGUCUCGACGGGCUGGGUCGAGAACGGUGGCCUUUUCAUCGCGGCCAAUGCGGAGCGCCUCUCCGAGUACCAGCGGCUCGCGACGCUCGGCAAGUACUUUGGCAUCCACGCUGAGGUGCUGUCGCCGGCCGACACGAAAGCGCUGUACCCGCUCAUGAAUGUCUCGGACCUCAAGGGCACGCUCUACUCGCCGGGCGACGGAACCAUCGACCCGUCGAGCUGGGUCGCGGCCUUGGCCAAAGGCGCCAAGCUCCAUGGAGCCAAGAUUUUUGAAAAGACGCCCGUCGAAGCCAUCCUCACGGAAGCCGCCGGCAAGGACGAGACGCAGGUCGUCGGCGUCCAACUCGGUGGCGGCCACGUCAUCCGCACCAAGCGUGUCGUCAACGCCGCCGGCGUCUGGUCCAACUACAUCGCCAAGAUGGUGGGAAAAGACAUUCCGCUCUGCGCCAUGCACCACGCGUACGUCGUCACCGAGCGCAUCGAGGGCAUUCAAAACAUGCCCAACGUUCGGGACCACGACGCCUCGGUGUACCUCAAGCUGCAGGGCGACGUCCUUCAAGUCGGCGGCUACGAGCCCAACCCGAUCUUCUGGGAGAACGUCCAGAACGACUUUGCGUUCUCGCUCUUUGACUUGGACUGGGACGUCUUCUCGACGCACAUCAACGGCGCGGUCAACCGCGUCCCGAUCAUCGAAGCCACGGGCGUGCGCUCGACAGUGUGCGGGCCCGAGUCGUUCACGCCCGACCACAAGGCGCUCCUCGGCGAGAUGCCGGGCGUCCGAGGCUUCUUCCUUGGCUGCGGCUUCAACUCGGCGGGCAUCAUGCUCGCGGGCGGCGCAGGGCAGCAGCUCGCGCACUGGGUCACGGCCGGUCGCCCGACGAUCGACAUGUUUUCGUACGACAUCCAGCGCUACCACCUGAGCAUGCUCGGCCACCAGCGAUGGAACCGGGAGCGGUCGCACGAGGCGUACGCCAAGAACUACUCGAUCGUGUUCCCGCACGACGAGCCCCUCGGCGGCCGCAACGUCCGCCUCACGCCCUUCCACGCCAAGCUCAAGGCCGCCAACUGCGUCUUCCAGACGCGCCACGGCUACGAACGCCCAGGGUACUUUGCCGACGUCCGCAGCCAAGGCGACGUGGCGGUCAAACCCUACACCUACUACGGCAACUACAACCAUACGCCGCACGCGGACGACCCGUACUUGCGCGCGAUCGAGGCCGACAACACCUUUGGGUGGCCCGGGAGCCACGAGAUUGUCGGCGCCGAGGCCCGCGCUUGCCGCGAGACUGUCGUGCUCUUCGACCAGAGCUAUUUUGGCAAGUUUGUCCUGUCGGGCGACGACGCGCCGGCGGCCAUCGAGUACAUUUGCACCAACAAAAUGAAGGGCCCGGGCGCGACCGUGUAUACGCUCAUGUGCAACGCCGCGGGCGGCACCGAGUGCGACCUCACAGUCAGCCAAGUGGACGACACGACGUUCUACAUCACGGCCGGCGGUGCCUCGGCCACGCACGACUUUGCGUGGAUUGCAUCGCUGUUGCGGCGCUUCCCCAAGACGUCACUGGCCGACUUUACCGAUGACUUUGGUGUCCUUAGCGUUCAAGGGCCGCUGAGUCGCCCGCUCCUCGAGAAGCUCACGGGCGCCGACCUCUCCAACGACGCGUUUCCGUUCUCGACGCACCGCCUAGUGACGAUGGCGGGGUACACCUUCCGCAUGCUGCGGCUCACGUUCGUGGGCGAGCUCGGGUACGAGCUGCACAUCCCGAAAGACGCGUGUGAAGCCGUGUACGACGCGCUCUGGACGACCGGCGAGGCGCUCGGCAUCCGCAACGCCGGGUACUUGGCGAUGGACGCGCUGAGUGUUGAGAAGGGCUACAAGCACUGGCACGAGGACCUCCGGAGCGACGAUACGCCGGUCGAGGCCGGCAUGCUCUUUACGUGCAAACUCGACAAGGACUUUAGCGGCCGCGACGUCCUUGCGAAGCAGAAAGCCAACGGCGUCAGCAAGAAGCUCAUCUGCCUCACGCCCAACGAGCACAUUCCGCUCAAGGGCAACGAAGCCAUUUGGCGCGACGGCACGUGCGUCGGGUUUGUGCGCCGGUGCGCGUUCGGCCACAGCGUCGGCAAGAGCGUCGGGUACGGCUACAUCCAGCACCCGGACGGCGCCGUCGUCACGCCCAAGUUUGUCAAGGACGGCGUCUACGAGAUCGAGACGCUCAACGAGCGACGCGUGCCCGCGACGCUGCACACCAAGUGCGUCUUUGACCCGACCAACGCGCGCGUCCAAGGCGAGUACUAA